AUGACAGAUCGAUGUACGAAAUGGUUGAAAGCAAUACCAGUACAAGAAAUCACAGCCGAAGUCGUAGCCAAGGCAUUCUACGACAACUGGAUCGCUCGUUUUGGUGUUCCCUUGCGUAUCACUACAGACCAAGGACGCCAGUUCGAGUCGUCGCUAUUCAGAACUCUACUACAGAAGUUUGGAAUAACAAGAAUACGAACUACGGCCUUUCAUCCACAAUCGAACGGUCAAAUAGAGAGGUGGCACCGCACUAUGAAGACAGCACUAGUGGCCCGCGGAGCAUCGACGCAGUGGGCAGACGAGUUGCCGACUGUACUUCUCGGCCUCCGCACGGCGCUCCGCGAAGACACAAAAGUGAGCCCUGCGCUUAUGACAUACGGAACUACGCUACGAGUGCCAUCCGAUUUCUUCGUACCGUCAACAUCAAAAAACGAAGAUGCAGAGUUUGUACGAAAACUAACUGAAACGAUGGCCACGUUAAAACCGCAUCAACGCUCCUGUGAAAAAAGAUCUACGUUCAUUCACAAAGAUCUAUAUACAUGCAGCCAUGUUUUCGUACGAAACGACACCGUACGAGCCCCGCUGACACCACCGUACGAUGGACCCUACGAAGUAUUGAAGCGCAACGAAAAAUAUUUCAAGAUUCAAUUGCCGCUUCGAACUACAGUCGUAUCGCUCGAUCGACUAAAACCGGCGUAUCUCCUUAACCAAGAAGCAUGUGAAUCGGAAAAUACAUCAAGUACGCCGUCGCCGCCGCAGCCGUCGCAGCCAUCGCAGCCGACGCAGCCGCAAGUUCGAGUCACAAGGUCCGGCCGCAUUAGCAAACCUACGGUGCGUUUCACUUGA